AAGCAGAAAUUUGGUAGCAGUGGAGAGGUGACCCGAAUGCAGGAAGGACUUCUGAGAACUCCUUUGGUGGAGCGUGGCUGUGAACGUACUGAAGGGCAUCAAGGUGGAGAAAUCCUGGACCCGGUUAGGAGACUUCCUGUGCAUGAGGGAUAUCCCACUGGAAGCAAGUCCUGUGAAUGUGCUAAGUGUAGAGAUGGUUUUUUUCCUGAGAAGCUGGGGAGAUCUCCCCCAAGUCUCAAACCGAGUCCCAGGGAGGACUGCGGGCCGGCCUGCAGCUCCAUCUCGAUCAUCAGCACGCGGGUGGACACAGACCUUGUAGAGAAGCCCUGUGAAGGUCUGAACACCGGGAGAACCUCUGAGACUUAUGCAGAACAUCUCAGCAGGAAGAAAUCUCUAGAGUGCAAGAAAUGCGGGAAAGCUUUCACUGGCACAGCCACCUUUCAGGGUCAUGUGCAAGGCCACUGUGGACAGAGUGUGCAUGCUUGUGAUGUGUGUGGGAAAGCCUUCAGGCAUCACUCUGAUCUUGCACGUCAUGUGAAAACUCACACUGGGAAGAGACCCUAUCGAUGUCCGGAGUGUCGGCGAACCUUCGAGGAUAUGUCGGGCCUGCAAAAACAUGUGAGAACACAUGCUUGGGAGAAUCCCUAUAAAUGUCAGCUUUGUGGGCAAUCCUUCCCUGUUCAGCUCUCCUUUCUAGUCCAUGUGAGAAGUCACACAAGGGACAGACCCUUGAAAUGUAAGGAAUGUGGGGAAACUUUCAAGAAGCAUCUACCUUUUGAGCAUCACAUGAGCACACACAAUGUAGUGAAACCCUACGAAUGUCAGGAGUGUGGCAAAACCUUCAAGUAUCACCCAGACCUGCGAGUACAUAUGAGCACACACACUGGGGAGAGACCCUAUGAAUGUGAGGAGUGUGGGAAAUCUUUCCGGAAGUAUGGCCAUUUAAAAUGUCACAUGACCACACACAGUACCGUGAAACCCUAUGAAUGUCAGCGCUGUGGCCGAUACUUCCGGGAUCACACAGCCCUGGGAGUGCACAUGCGGACACAUACUGGGGAGAGACCCUAUGAAUGUCAGCAGUGUGGGAAAACCUUUAGAUAUGUUGGAAAUCUGCGAGAACAUGUGACAAUACAUACGGGGGAGAGACCCCAUAAAUGUCAGGAGUGUGGGGAGGCCUUCAGGUAUAACUCAUGCCUGCGAGAACAUGUGAGGAAACACACUGGCGAGAGACCCUAUAAAUGUCAGGAGUGUGGGGAAGCCUUCAUUCGACACCACACCCUCGUACGCCAUACUGCGAGGAGGCACUCAGGGGACGGACACUUGGAAUGUAAGGAGUGUGGGGCAACUUUCAGGAAGCAUCGACUUUUUCAACGUCACAUGGCCACACACAAUGUAGCAGAACCCUAUGAAUGCGAGGCGUGUGGCAAAGCCUUCAGGCAUCACAAAGACCUGCGAACACAUGCGAGGACACACACGGGGGGAAAACCCUGAAUAUGCCAGCCCUGUGGGAAAGCCUUCACGUCUCCUUCCCACCUGGGAGUCCAUUUGAGGACACACGCUGGCGAGUGACCUUUGGAGUGUAAGGAGUCGGGAAAGCUCUCGGUCAGCUGCAAAAUUUUCAAAGCCAUUUGAAAAAACAGCACAAUUAAACCCUAUGAAGGUAAGAGGUGUGGGAAGGUGUACAGGGUCUUCUCAUCUCUUCAAGUGCACAUGAGGAAACGCCCUGGGGAGAGACCUUGACACGUCACCGCUCCCUUCAAGAGCACCUGAGGCUGCACAGUGGACAGGAAGGCUUUGUAUGGAAGGACUCUGGUGAGACCUUCCAGUGUCCCAGAGCCCUGCCAGUACGUGCGAUGACCCUCCGUGGGCAGAACCUCGUGAAUGACCGCUGUGUGGGGAAGCCUUCACUUGUCCCUCGUGCCUUUGAGGACAUGUGUGAAAGUACAGUGAUGUGAAGCCCUAUGAAUUUAAGCACCAUGGGAAAGCCUUCAGGUAUCCCAGGAACCUUAGCACAGACACACUGUGGGAAAGCACUUACUCUCCUUCACAAAAAGUUUUUAAUGUGUAUUUAUUUUUGAGAGAGACACAGGAUGAGCAGGGGAGGGGCAGAGAGAGAGGGAGACA